AUGACUACCUUCGUCAAAUCACCCAUCUCGGCUAUACUGGCUAGCACAAUCCCGACACAGAGCUCUUACUCGGUAUUUAUUGCAAUUCUGACUCCUACCAACGAAGUCACCAACAGCGUCGGUGAUGCUACUUCAUUACUCGUGAUUGGAGCUUAUGAAUCAGAACACGUUCCCACGAUCUCUAUGCAUAACUCCACAGGGAGACCGGCUACCAAGCCGUCUGUUCUCAGCAGCAGACCGUCAGCUAUUGAAGGUCCGGCGACAAUUCCUACGAGCUUAGCCGCCACAGGUGUCGAGAAAACGUCCUCUGUACCUCCAGUGACCACUUCAGGUUCUAGGAACAUGAUGUUGCAUAUCUCUGCCACGAAUAUAACUACAACAAGUGGAUUCACAUCAACAGAUUCCUUGUCUUUGGACAUUGCCACACCAACCUCGAAGACGGCACACGUGUCCACUGUUUUAGAUUCAGUGCCCAUCGCCCACACCACAAUCGCCAGCGACACUGCUUCGUCCUUUCCCGCUGCCACCGCUUCUACUGUAUCACCUAUGCUGUCUGGAAAAUACACUACGAUUACAGUAUCGAAAUUCAUAGUCUCAACAUCCCAAAGCCCUGCAAACCCCAGUACCUCUACUGGAAACAGUAAGGAUGACGAUCAUCCUGACGGCACGGGCGGUCUCGGUAAUACAGAUGGUUCUGCAAACACUGCUGGUGCCAAUGGAAGUUCUGCUGGCAUCGGUGUUGGCGUUGUUGUCGGCGCCAUAGCCUACGGUGCCGGGAUGUUCUGGAUCGCUCGCCAUUACCGCAGAAGAAGAAGGCUGCGUAGGCACGGCAUUUUGACUUCUGGUGAGGGAAACUUUGGUACCGCUAUCAAACCACCUAAUUCCGAGAUUGGUCGUAGUACAAGACCUCUUUAUCCCAGACAGAAAAUCAGUGCACCACUAGAAUCGGGGAACUCACUUGGGUGGUGA